UGUUUACAGGCAGGGCUCCGUGUGUCGGAGGGGAGCGAAGCCCGCCGACGCUAAUGUUUGAAAAGAUCUUCAGUAACUUAAUACGCCCAAAAAAUGUAUAUCCUCUUGUUCUUCGCUCCACUAUACUUUGUUAUAAAUCAUGUGUCAUUCACACUGCCAGCUCUGUCGUCUGUAUAACGGCAUAUUUUCGCAUAAAGCGUUACGAACAGCCUUCCCUCUCAGCGCACCUCAGCCCCUCACGCUGCCAUAUUUACUGAGACGCGCACGUCGCUGGAGUUUUCGCGGGGCUCCCCACGUACCCGCCUCCUCUUGACCUCAUUUCCGCCGGAACAGACGGAGCGUGAAAUUUUCCGAAGGUAAACGAUUGAAAUAUCGCCGCAACUGUACAGCGCAAGGAAGAAGACGACAAAAAUGUACGCGAGCGGAGCAGCCAGUGCCAGUGCCAGUGCCAGUGGUGGUGCACCGCCUUCUCCUCCCAUCCCAGAAUAUGUAUUCAAACCUCCGCAAAGGCCAGACUUUGGCACUAUGGGCAGGACAAUCAAACUUCAAGCUAACUUCUUUGAGAUGGAGAUCCCGAAGCUUGAGGUGUACCAUUAUGAAAUAGACAUCAAGCCUGAAAAAUGUCCAAGGAGAGUCAACAGAGAAAUUGUAGAGCACAUGGUUCAGCACUUUAAAACUCAGAUCUUUGGGGAUCGAAAGCCGGUGUACGAUGGAAGGAAAAAUCUCUACACAGCAAUGCCACUGCCCAUUGGGAGGGAUAAGGUGGAGCUGGAAGUGACGAUUCCUGGGGAGGGAAAAGACAGAAGUUUCAAAGUGGCAAUAAAGUGGAUUUCCUGUGUCAGUCUGCAAGCCCUUCAUGAAGCACUGUCAGGGCGACUGCCCAACAUUCCCUUUGAAACAAUACAGGCACUGGAUGUUGUGAUGAGACAUUUGCCCUCUAUGAGGUACACCCCUGUGGGCCGUUCCUUCUUUACCCCAUCAGAGGGCUGCUCCAACCCUCUUGGUGGGGGGAGAGAAGUUUGGUUUGGAUUUCAUCAGUCAGUUAGACCAUCUCUCUGGAAAAUGAUGCUAAAUAUUGAUGUGUCAGCCACUGCAUUUUACAAAGCUCAGCCUGUGAUUGAGUUCAUGUGUGAAGUUUUGGAUUUCAAAAGCAUUGAAGAACAACAGAAACCCUUAACAGAUUCGCAAAGAGUAAAAUUCACUAAGGAAAUCAAAGGUCUCAAAGUGGAAAUCACACACUGUGGACAGAUGAAGAGGAAGUACAGAGUGUGCAAUGUCACCAGGAGGCCAGCCAGCCAUCAGACGUUCCCUCUGCAGCAGGAGAAUGGACAGACAGUUGAAUGUACUGUAGCACAGUACUUCAAGGACAAGUACAAGCUCAUCCUUCGCUACUCACACCUUCCGUGCUUACAGGUCGGCCAGGAGCAGAAACACACUUACCUUCCCCUGGAGGUGUGUAAUAUAGUGGCAGGACAGAGGUGUAUAAAGAAACUGACAGACAAUCAGACCUCAACUAUGAUACGUGCAACUGCAAGGUCUGCACCUGAUCGACAAGAUGAGAUCAGCAAGCUGAUGAGAAGUGCCAACUUUAACUCUGACCCUUAUGUUCGUGAAUUUGGAAUCAUGGUGAGAGACGAAAUGACGGAAGUGAACGGUCGAGUUCUACAGGCACCGUCAAUACUUUAUGGAGGUCGGAACAAAGCAAUAGCUACUCCAAUCCAAGGUGUGUGGGACAUGAGGAACAAACAGUUUCACACUGGGAUUGAAAUCAAAGUUUGGGCCAUCGCCUGCUUCGCUCCACAGCGGCAGUGCACUGAACUUUUGCUGAAAGCGUUCACAGACCAGCUGCGGAAGAUAUCACGUGAUGCUGGGAUGCCCAUCCAGGGCCAGCCCUGCUUCUGCAAGUAUGCCCAGGGUGCUGACAGCGUGGAGCCGAUGUUUAAGCACCUCAAGUACACCUACCAGGGCUUGCAGCUCGUUGUAGUCAUCCUGCCUGGGAAGACCCCAGUUUAUGCUGAGGUGAAGCGUGUCGGAGACACGGUGCUUGGAAUGGCUACGCAGUGUGUUCAGGUGAAAAAUGUACAAAAGACCACUCCUCAGACCCUCUCCAACCUCUGCUUGAAGAUCAAUGUCAAGCUGGGUGGGGUCAACAACAUUUUGCUUCCCCAGGGCAGGCCCAUUGUGUUUCAACAGCCUGUGAUUUUUCUGGGUGCAGAUGUGACCCACCCUCCUGCAGGGGAUGGCAAGAAACCCUCCAUUGCCGCAGUGGUGGGUAGCAUGGAUGCUCACCCCAGCCGCUACUGUGCCACUGUACGCGUGCAGCAGCACCGGCAGGAUAUCAUUCAGGACUUGGCUGCCAUGGUGAGGGAGCUGCUGAUCCAGUUCUACAAGUCCACACGCUUUAAGCCAACACGCAUCAUCUAUUACCGCGAUGGCAUCUCUGAGGGCCAGUUCCACCAGGUGCUCCAGCAUGAGUUGCUGGCAAUCCGUGAAGCCUGCAUCAAGCUGGAGAAAGAUUACCAGCCGGGCAUCACAUUUAUUGUGGUGCAGAAACGUCAUCACACAAGGCUCUUCUGUAUGGACAGGAAUGAGAGGGUUGGGAAGAGUGGAAAUAUCCCUGCCGGCACUACUGUGGACACGAAAAUUACUCACCCAUCAGAAUUUGAUUUCUAUCUUUGCAGCCAUGCUGGCAUUCAAGGUACCAGCCGACCUUCCCACUAUCACGUGCUGUGGGAUGACAACCAUUUCACUUCGGAUGAGCUCCAGGUGCUCACCUACCAGCUGUGCCAUACUUAUGUGCGGUGCACCCGCUCUGUGUCCAUCCCAGCCCCUGCCUACUAUGCCCAUCUUGUGGCAUUCCGUGCCCGCUACCACCUCGUAGACAAAGAACAUGACAGUGCUGAAGGCAGCCACACCUCUGGGCAGAGCAAUGGACGAGACCAGCAGGCCCUGGCCAAAGCUGUGCAGAUCCACCAGGACACACUGCGUACUAUGUACUUCGCCUGACCGGGUGAGAUGAAGCGGGGCAUCAAGCGCAAGGGCAAAACUGAGGAGAGUUUGUGGCUGCGAUCUGCCGACUUCCAUAAAGCAACUUUUAAGUAUCCCACAGUGCACCGUUAUAGUUUCUUUUGUACAUGUUUGACCUGUGCUCCAAAUCUGCAAAAUAAUGCCACCUGCAUAAAAACCUGGCCUCCUCCAAUUACUUCUGUAAAAACAGCCAAUGCUUUAUAUAUAGAUGUACAUAAAUGUAAAUUUAGGGAUAAUUUGCAAACAUACUGGGCUAAUAGUACAUAUGUAAUACAUUUU